UAAAGGCGCGCGUCUCUCUCGCGACCCACCACUCAGAUACUCGCGGCCGUCUGGCGCAGAUAUCAGCUUCAAAAACUCCAAGAUGUCUCUGCUGAGCGUCGUCGUGGUUGUGACAUUUUCGGCACUUAUGAUACUUCAGCAGUAUGAGUGUCAGUUGGCGCAGAUGCUGAUGAGCGAGGACCCUAAUCACCCGGGGAAGUGCGUGUACGAGAACCAGCCUCAUGACGUGGACUCCGAGUGGACAGAGCCUGGAUGCCAACGAGGAUCUUGUCACAAGAACCAAGAUGGAACAUAUCGUAUCACCUUAGCCGGAUGCGGCAAGAUGGCGGUGCCAGGGGGCUGCACCCUGGUGAGCAACAACUCCCUGCCGUACCCCGAGUGCUGUCCGAAGCUCCAGUGCGACUAGCCUCCAGGCCUGGAGACUUCACGUGUCCGCGCAUGAAGUAGUGUAGCUGAUUACUUGAAAUGAACUUUCUGAUGUCAGACUUACUUAAGAAAAUAUACAAACCAUACUGCUUA